CCUCACCUUGGCGUCCGGCGGCAGGAUCAGCACCUGGCUGUUCUCCUCCUCCUUCUUGGCCGCCUCCUUCUGCGCCAACGCGGAGUUGAACGACACCUUCACCAUGGCGGCUGCGGCACUGGGAGGCAGGCAGGAGGAAAAGGAGCGCGGCGCCGAGAGCUGCCUGCUGCCCCGACACCCCCGACCCGCGACUGCCGCCCCGGCCCUUCGUCAGGCGGCGGCGCAGGACGAGGAGCGGAGAGGCGGGGCGCGGGAGGAGCUCCGCCCUGCACGGCGCCGUGGGGGGGCCGAGCGGCGCUCCCGGCGGGGCGGCCUCGCCCACCGCAGCCCCGGGCUCCCACCCGGUCAUCUGGGACCGAAAAAAUGGCUGUGAGGGAGAACUACGUCAACCUGGUUCAUCCCGUCGUCCUGAAUGAAGUGUUUUCCCUGAAAGGGCCGUGGAUAAUGGCAGCGCACUCGGUGACACCUCUGUUCCCAUCUCCGUGGAGUUCUUACAGGCAGAGCAUCCUGGAGAACAGAAGAGCAGCAAUACAAAUCACCAGGGGCUGCAGGAGAAUAGUGGAAGCAGAGGAGGGAUCCACAACUUGUACCAUGAAUCUGUGUGCCUUACACUUAGCUUCACAGUACCUCUGCUCUAAAGCAGUAACUUCUGAAGAGCUUCCAUUUAUUGCUGGAGUUGCAGGGAAUAUUCAUGGCAUGAGUUGGCAGAAUUUUGAUUCUGGGUGCCUCCCAGAUGCUCACUGCAAAUGGUCUCUGACUGAUUUCGACGUAGGACCCAGAAACUCUGUGGGAAAAAGCUGUGUGCCAACCUGGGUUGAGCAUCAGAAGAUCCUACUUAUCAGCUCUCUCUUCCUGGUCACCCAGAAUCUGGUUUUGGAUCAUGGAACUGCAGCAAAGAAAGCAAAGCAAGAGAGGGGACAAGACGCAUAUAACUCAUUGCUACGCCGUCCUCUUCACUGCCAAGUUUAUUGCCAGAUGAUCCAAGUGUGAUGAAAUGUAACUCAUGAAGCACCUGGGGACAAGAAUUAUGUGAGAUCCCAGUCUGGUCACCAUCCGUCCUAUUGCAAUGAAUACAUUUUUUCAAGGUGGGUAGCUGGGAAGCUGAGGGAUAAAGAAAGGAAUUU